AUAUAUAUAUUUGUGUGUGUGUGUAUAUGUGUGAACUAUGUGGUGAUGAUGGGAGUCAAUGGACCGGAUCCCACCUGAGAGUAAAUAACGUGACACUGUGUGUUUCCCAUCAUCUGCUGUUCUAUACACAUAUAGGAAAAGGAGAUCAUGGAAGUUUAAUAGUAGAAGAAAUGUUGUGUUUUCUCUCAGAUCCGGUCAGUAUAACAGUGAAUUCUGGUGACAACAUCACCCUGGAAUGCUUGGUCCUGGUCUCGGGUCCCCUGGAAGCCCUGAUGUGGAUCAGACCAGAUUAUGGCCCCCUCUACGUCUUCUUCUACCGGGAUGGACGACCUCUAGAAUCCUUCCAGCAUCCAUCGUUUGUGGGACGAGUGGCUCUGAGAGACGCAGAGAUGAGGGAUGGAGAUGUCUCCAUCAUCCUAAACAACGUCACCAUCAGCGACAUAGGAACCUACGAGGGUCACGUAGCCAUGAGCUCCCAACGAAAGAAACGGGCCCCGUCUGAGCUCAGGUGUAGCAUCAGCCUGAAGGUGGAAGACUCAGGUGUUACAUGUGAUGGCAGGAACAAAGGAAGCUUGGACCUCCGGCGGCUCUUAGAAGAUCUACGCGUCUCUGUUCCAGUUGGACUCGGUUUGCUUCUUAUUCUAGUAAUAACUGGGAUUUGUGGAAUAAGAAAAUGUCCUGGAAGUAAAGGCAGCUCUCCUGGAGGAGAAAGACCUGAAACAGUAACUACACCCGAAUCUGAGUUACAGCAGCCACCCACACCAACAUAAACAUGGAUGUCACAUCACCUUU